AAAACAAAGAAGUACGGUAAUAUUAUUCUAACGAACUGUCUGAACAAGAAUCACCACCAUGAUGUAUCUCACCAAUCGGUUGCAACUGCGCAUGCUUAUCCUGGUGAUUCCCUUGAUUCUCCGCGCUGUUCCAAACUAUGCAGAAGUUAAAACAAAUAUCAUUCUAAGGACCUGUACAUAACAUAGAAUUUGAUAUCCCAUUUAAAAUUUAACUUAGUUUUGACAUGGAAUAAGAACUUAAGCGUUGUCAAAGAAACUGCCAUUUAACAACUUAUGAUAUUUCUAAUCAGCUUCCGGAGGGAAAAACCUGACAUCCAAAAUUUACCUUCAGGGUAAAGAGAAUUAAAUCAUUAAAUAAACAAAGAAACGUAUUGUCAACAGAAUACUAAUGCUAACAUGUUAUGAAAACAAAAUAUUUUUUUAAAAACCAAUUUCAAGUUUGACAUUGACAAGUCAAACAGAGUUUGAGGAUUUUCAAAGAAGUGUGUAGCGAGACAGGAACAAAAAAAAGUUAUAAUAUUUAAACAUUAAACGUUUUAGUGUCCAUACACAGCCAAAAAGAUUUUACCACAACGACGCAUCAUUAGGAUCAUGUUUUUUCUUCGACAAACAGAUCCAAUUUUUGCUGAAAAUGAAUAUAGCAUCAGACUCGGCACGUUACUUAACCAUGGAGGAACAAAAAUUUUGCGAAGUAUAUUUCAUAACAAAACGAUUUAUAACGGAAAAUCUGAAGAUCCUGAUGUACUUUUUCAAGAAAUGAAGAAACAUAAAAAUAGUUUAAAGAAAGAAUUACGAAUUGAUCAAAUGGAAUUAGUCUUCCCGAAAUCGCAAAAGACAAUAUCUGCGAAAUUUGAUAUAUCGAUUUUAGUGAUAUUGAUAGCAAUAUGUGUCGUUGUUCCACCACCCAGCAGCACUGGAAACUGGAAAGAUAAGCCUGACAAAAACGAUACAAGCAUCGGAGCUUACGUUAUCAGACUUCGAUUUCUUCGGAAUGAAGUUAUACACUCAACAACAAUUAACAUUGAUCAAAAAUUUUCAGAGAAAUGGAAAGAAAUUAUUGAUGUGCUAAAAAACCUAGGGUUUGAUGUCAAAACAGUGACCAAUUUAAAAUCCUCAAAGUUUUGUCAACUUGAGUUAUAUAAGCUAUCCAUGCUACACGCAAAUGUGGACCUUCUGGAAGGCAAAGUCAAUCAGUGGAUAAAACAAGUGGAUAAGACUUCUCGCAACAUCGAUAAUCUUGAUCAAUCUCAAGUUCGGUUAGAAGGAGACAUCCAGUUUGUUAUAAGUUGCAUCAGUAACUUAUCAAAUCACAUCAUAGGUUUGGAAAAUAGUCAAACGUCCCAAGAUCAAAACUUGGAGUGUGUUCGAAACACGCUUGAGAAUGUUCUAUCGCAAACACGACGCCAUGAUGAACUGUUUGAACAAGCAAACCAUGUGAUCGGAAUGCUUUCUAGAAAUAUACAUACAUAUAUUGAUGAUGAGAUAAAGGCUGCUUUUGAUCGUACCACGAUUCAAUAUAAACCUUUGGAAGAAAGGUUAAAGCAAGCGUCGCUUUGUUUGAAACAAAAAGUUAGAUCAAAACAUGAACGACAAUGUUUGAGAAAUCCAUUUGGACCAACGAGCGUAAAAAAACCUUUUUUUGUUGAUCUGGUAACUGUUAAGGACGAUGGACUUAAUUUGUUUUGUAAUGGUCAACAACAUCAUAAGGAUGUCCACUCUGCACGAACAGAAACGGUUGGUAUUGAACAGAUAUUCUACAAUGAUCAGAAGUACGCCAUCUUACGUGGAGCGGCUGGUGUUGGUAAAAGUUAUUUUAUUCAAAAUGCUGUUUAUCUAUGGUCAAAAGGUGAACUUUGGAAUCAAUUUAAAUUUGUGUUGCAUUUUCAAUGCAGAGAAAUGAACUGUUAUAACAAUAUUAGUAGUUUUGAAACUCUUCUACAAAAAUCUUACCCGGAAUUAUUAAACAUAAUCACAUUUGUGGAGUUCUUAAAAGUAUCUGACACUUUCCUGAUAUGUAUUGAUGGUAUGGACGAAUUUAUUGGUAUCUCAGAUUUCUCUCAACUAGCCGCAGGAAAAAGCUGCCACACCUUCCCGAUAACACAAUGCAUAUAUAGCACCCUUUCCUUUAUGGACAAUACUUUGUCCCAGUCUCAUAUUUUGUUAUCUGGUCGACCUAAUGUUUGUAUCGUUCUCCAGCGUUUAUUUGACAAGUUUGGUAUAAAUACAAUAGAUAUUUUAGGAUUCAGUGAUGCCAACGUUUGUAGAUAUGUAAGUAGCUACUUUGCAAGUAGUAAAGCACGUGCGGAGGAGUUGAAACGUGUUCUUGUGGAGAACACAAACAUAAAUUUAAUGACUCGAAUUCCUGUUUACUUGUGGGUGAUUUGUUCAUUGUAUGAUCAAGCGAAUACCAUCAUUCAAACGCCAGAAACAAUAACAGAACUGUAUAUCUUAGAGUUGCUGCUUUUCAUGAAAAAGCACUAUCAUGGAGAGAGUAAUAUGACGGAGAUAAAAUGGGCACAAAUUAUUGAGAAUGAUGAAAUUAUUCAAGCAGUUUUAGAGCUGGCAAAAAUUUCAUAUCAAAUGAUGUCGAAAAAUAUUAAGUUCUUUGAGGAAGAAGAAAUCUCCACACUGGUCAAGGCUUCUGGCAUGGUCACAGAGAUUGAUACUACCCUUGGAAAGAAGUAUCAAUUUUUUCACGCAAGUAUGCAAGAGUUUCUAGCUGCCAUCUACGCUGUAUGCCGCAAUUUUAAAUUAGAAGAUCUUUAUAACAUACCGUUAUGGCCGGUGUCUGAUAAAGUCUUUCGUGGAGUUCUUCCCAUUGCUUUCGGUCUGACAGACGCGGAAAGUAAGGCUAACGAUAGCGAAUCUAUAGCUGGUAUUUUUAUGAAGAAUUUAAGGAAAAAACUACCUGGCCAGAGCGGGUUGGAUAUCAAUAAAUUUCUGCGAAGGGUUCUAAAAACGGCUGGCAGUGAAUGUUGGGCAAGAGAUUGUGAUGAAUUUGAGUUAUUUCUAAACUGUUAUUUCGAGUAUCAACAAAAGCUACGUGAUGACGACUGGUGUAAAAAUAUCUUAAGACAAGGAGGAUUUCAGUUACAAUUAAAAAUAAAAUUACCUCGUCAGUUAAAACAGGCUUUGUACUUUUUACAAAAUGACCGAAAGUAUGUAAGCAACAUAAAACUAACUUUGUUUUCGACAAAUCAUACUUUCUGUGAUGACAUGAAAAAGAAGUUAGCAGCGUACUUGCUUGAUGUGAAACGAUUGGAAACAGAUGACGUAACACUGGCAAAUUUCGCGCCGCCUGAAGUUAAAAUGGCGCAAACAAAUCGUAAAUAUAAGUUAGAACUUAUUGAUUUGUUUUUAACGAGAAAAUCUUCUUUAUUCAAUUCAAGAUGGCUGAUUGUUCCAGCUAAAUUAAUCAUUCGAAGUGGAGUUGCAGUCGAGCUUCUUUUAGACACCAUCAAGGAAUGGAACAUGAAAGGAGCGCAUCUUAAUUCCGUUGAAAUUUAUUUGUUAGUAGCACAAAACGACACUAUUGGUCAUAUUUUAGCGCUACUGGAAAUGUUUCACUAUGUGCCUAACAUUGGGAUAACUAUGUCCCAGCUAUCUGAAGCAAGUCUAUUACAAGGUUUUUACAAUUGUGGCAACUUUGUUCGUAGGCUUGACGUGUGCUUCAAAGCGCCGUCGAAGUUAACAAAUCUGAGGCUGAAUUUUAAAUCGGAGCAACAUAAAUAUAGUUUAUGGGAUGGAAGAGUGUGGUGUAACGAGAUAAAUAAAUAUAGUUUAUGGGAUGGAAGAGUGUGGUGUAACGAGUACGAUAAUCCUCUUCGAGGAGAUAGCAUCAACUCUAGUAUGAAUGAUAUUGAUGUUAUCACAAGUGACGAUGAUCCGCAUCCGCUCCCCUCUAAUCCGCGAGAACUAAUAUCAGCUCGGUGUUGUGUUGUGUUUGGUUUAAUUGGUCUUUUGUUAGCUUUGAUUGGUUUAGUGGUCUGGCUAUAUGCAUUGGAUGGUAAGUGUGUUUUGAUACUGUGAUUCACCAGGUUGACUAAAAUACUAAAUUUGUAAUUUUUAUAUUAGGUCGAUCUAAGUUUUAAUACUACUUUGGCAAAACUCAAUAAUGCGAAGGUUGUAAACGUCGGAGUAAUCGAUUACCAAGGAAAACGCCGCACCAAUUCAGGGUUUUGGAUUUGUGAAACAAGAGGUUUAAGUCAUCGUAGAAGUUUAUCUCUGACAGUAAAAUGGUGUUGUGUGACCAUGCGCAGAAAUUAACACACACAAAAUUUAAUACAAAUAAAGUAGUAAUCCCUAGUCUAUUGGCGUUUAUCUUUAAAUAUUUUUAAACAAGAACUUUAUGUAUGCACAUGCCGUAAAUGAUUGAAUAAUCGACCUGGGCACUUA